AGGCAGGUGUACUUUUUUGGACGAAUACGUGCGAGUUGUCGUCGUCGUAGAGUUUGACCUAAAGAUAAGGACUUAAAGCGCUAGCUGUUGUGGUUGCUCUCACUCAAUGAGAUAACUUGUAUCUUUCUUGUAAGCAAAUUAUACUUACUUAUCAAGUUUUUUAACGACUAUCUUCUACGUCGUGCUUCAACCAUUGUGUAAGCGAACUUCUCCUUCCAAUCAAUCUUCUUGAAAAAUGAGGCCCCUAUCAGAAGAAGAAUUGAAGCUCUUCCUUGAGAAGUUGUCGAGGUACAUAGGAACCGGAGUGCGACAGCUUGUGGAGCGAGCAGACGAACCUCAUGUUUUCCGACUUCACAAUCAGCGAGUCUACUAUGUCGGAGAAUCACUGCUGAAGAAAGGUACUUGCUUACCCACCAAAGCUUUCUCAACAAAAAUAUUUAGACAAUGAUAAGUAUGAGUGGCUAGGUACAAUAAAUCCAUUGUUAUGAUAGUGAAGCGUAACUUCGACUUCAAUUAAACGAUCCUAAAGCUAGACAUUUCCCACCCUCCUCGGUUUAUCCACAUCAUCACCUCCUGAAAAUCAGCCGGCUGCGCCGCUCGCAAGAACCUCGCUUCCCUUGGCGUUUGCUUCGGCAAAUUUACCCAUAGUGGCAAAUUUCACCUUCAAAUUACGUGCUUGGAUUUUUUGGCUAGGCUUGCGAAGUACAAAGUCUGGCUCAAACCUGGUGGCGAACAACAUUUCCUCUACGGAAACCACGCAGUGAAAGCGCAUUUGCGAAGAAUCACGGAAGAUGUCCCAAGGAAUGCAGGUGUGGUCAUUUUCAGCGAACAAGGGGAUUUGCCGUUAGGCUUUGGGACAGCAGCGAAGAGCACAUCAGAAUGCAGAGACGCACCAGCGGAGGCUAUUGUGGUCUACCACCAGAGCGACAUUGGAGAAUACUUGAGGGACGAAAGUAACUUGGUGUAAAACAAGAACCAUGUUGUUGAUGACAUUCUCCUUAAGGGUUAUUGACAUCAUAUUAUGGGUCUCGUAGUUCCUGUUGAGCGACCCAGAUGGACACCUCCAUCGAUCAUGGAUCCUCGACUAAGCACAACGUACAAUGAAGUUUAUCGGGAAAGAUCACGCCUUUUUACAUAUGCUUGCGCCAAACAAGCACUGGAAUAGUUUUAUUUGCAUCAGGGAAACGACCACAAGAAAAUGAAAACCCUGUCGACGUCUUCGACAGUAUGCAGGACUAGGG